AUGGAUGAAGACUACAACUUCCUUCCUCACGGAGUGAACUUCCAGGACGCCAUCUUCUCUGACGUCGCUGAAAACCACAGAAUGUUUUCAAGUCUCUUCCAGUUUUCAAACUGCAGCAGAGACUCACAGGACCUGAGUCUGGAUCUGAGUCUGGACUGGGACCAGGACUCUGGGAUGCUGUGCUGGGCGGUGCAGAAGGCUCUGUUGGAGGAGGAAGAGCAAGUGCAGAAUCUGACGCAGAAGGUGCGGAUCCUGGAGAAAACGAACGGCCACCUGCGCGAGCGCGUGAAGACUUUGAAACGGCAGCUACGGCAAGCACAGAGGGACAGAAAGGACAAUCUCAAACACCAGACACACCCCGACCAGGACACCACCGCAGAGGAGAAACCCCACCCCGAUCAGAGAAGCAAGAAGCUCAAGACUUAG